AAAACAAAGAGAAAACAGUAGAAAAAGAGUCCAAAAAGAGAGAAAAGAUUGAGAGUGUUGAAAACAAAGAGAGAAAAUCAAUGAGUGUUUAUGCAAAAGAAAGUGAUGUCAAGGCUGCGUUCUUUGCAAAGCAGCCUAUGUUUGUGCUUCUAUAUAAAGAUGCUUAUUUCAACACUAACGAACUUAAUGAUUCUUUGCCUAGUGUUGUUAAAUCUCUUUUGCAGGACUUCAAGGAUGUAUUUCCAGAUGACGUUCCUAAUGGUUUACCACCAAUAAGAGGAAUCGAGCAUCAAAUUGACUUCAUUCCUGGUGCAACAAUUCCAAACCGACCAGCAUAUCGAAGCAAUCCCAAUGAGACGAAAGAACUUCAAAGGCAGGUCGAAGAACUCAUGAAAAAGGGAAAUGUGAGAGAAAGCAUGAGUCCAUGUGUAGUUCCAGUGCUACUUGUGCCUAAGAAUGAUGGGAAUUGUCGUGCGGUCAACAAAAUCACUGUAAAGUAUCGUCAUCCUAUUCCUAGAUUAGAUGACAUGUUAGAUGAGUUGCAUGGUUCUUGUAUAUUCUCUAAAAUUGAUUUAAAGAGCGGAUAUUAUCAGAUUAGGAUGAAGGAAGGAGAUGAAUGGAAAACAGCCUUUAAAACGAAACAUGGUCUAUAUGAAUGGUGUGUUGUUUCAGCUGAUGGAAUCGCAGCAGAUGAAGAAAAGGUUAAGGCAAUUAAAGAAUGGCCAACACUUAAAAAUAUUUCUGAGUGGGAAAGUGAACAGGAGAAUGCUUUCAAUUUAAUUAAGGAAAAUUUAAUUUCUGCACCAUUACUUGCUUUACCUGAUUUUACUAAAACUUUUGAAAUCGAAUGUGAUGCAUCAGGUAUUGGCAUUGGUGCUGUUUUGACGCAAGAACGGCGACCUAUUGCAUUUUUCAGUGAAAAAUUGACUGGUAUAGCACUUAACUAUCCUACUUAUGACAAGGAGAUGUAUGCAUUGGGGCGACAAAGCAUAGAGCAACGAACUGAGCAAUAUGCAAAACAAGCCAACAAAGGACGCAAGAAAGUUGUAUUUGAACCUGGAGAUUGGGUUUGGGUGCAUAUGCGCAAGGAGCGAUUCCAUGCACAAAGGCGUUCUAAGCUACAACCAAGAGGCGAUGGACCAUUUCAAGUGAUUGUGAGGAUUAAUGACAACGCAUACAAGUUGGAGCUUCCUGGUGACGAUUUGAGGACAAAUCCUUUUGAGGAGAGAGGGAAUGAUGGGAAUCAAGACGACAGCAUAUCUACUACGUCAUGUGAUCCAUUACACACCCAAGGAGGUCCAGUCACGUGAGCUAGAGCUAAGAAGAUGUGUGAAGCUUUAAAUGGCCUUAUUGAGCAGAUCUGGGUUGAAAACAACAUACAACAAGCAAAUCGAAGCUUGGAUGAUUAUCAAGGCAUGGUAAAUAUCAUUCAGGUUCAAGAGAAGCUUAGUUAAGGUUAUUUGCAUGGAAUUACACAGUUUGCGUCAAAAUCGCACAAUUCUGUCGCAAUUUGUAGCAAACUGAUAUUUCGUGUUAUUUUAGGUUAUUUUUAGUGAUUUUCGUAUUUUUUGUAUUAUUUUUGGGCUGAACAUUCGCUUAUUUGAAGCCCAAUUCGUGGUUAUUAGGUUUAGGACUUAGGGUGUUAAUUUCAUAUUCUGAUUAGGAUUUGUUUUCUCUAUUUAAAAGGCUUGUAACCCUAAUGAGGAGGAGGCUAUUGAAUCUGAGAUUUUGAGAGACUUUUCUCUUUGGUUUGUUUCAGAACUUUACAGAACUUAUCAAGAUUAUUCUUGUAGCGUUCUAACCUGACUUAUCAUUCUCGUUCUUAAUCGUUCGAGGGUGCGGCAUCAACCAACUUUAUACCUCUGGUUCUUGUUACGUCAUAGACAACGGGUCAACGUUUUUUUAUCUUUGGUUCUUGUUGCGACAUAAACAACGGGUCAAGGUCCUAUUAUAAACUUGAUUUAACUUUCCUGGAGUUUAUAAAUCCCUUGGCGUGUUGUGGGUCUCAUUAUUCUCUUUGGGGUUCUCAUCAUAGUGCUACUUGAUGUUACAAUAAGGGGAAAAAAAAGGUUUACUGUUCAUGUAUUUCACCUAAGCAGUCAACAUUUGUGGCCUACUUUGAGUAGAUUUCUGCAGCACAAGAAAUUGAGGGGUUUACUUAAUAAUAAUAAUAAUAAUAAUAAUAAUAAUAAUAAUAAAGAUUUCAUUUUAAU